AUGGGCAAGUCCUCCCCAGCUGGUCGUGGCCUGGCCGACGAGCCCAGACAAGCCCAUCAACCUCGACCCCAGAAGACGAAUGCGAUCAGGAUUGCCGCUAUCGCGUCUGGGCUCAUUCUGUGUUUCUCGUUUCCGUCCUUCAUCUCGCUCGGCGACAAGCCGCCAAGUUUGCCAUCCUCACCAUUGGCUGAUCCAGAGUUUGAUUGGCUCCAGAUUGUGCCCCAGGAGCAAUUCAUCUACUAUCCCUGCUUCGGCGGUUAUCAAUGCGCCCGUCUGUUGGUCCCAAUUAACUGGAAUGAUACCGCGAACCCGGCGAGCGCCGCCAUCGCCGUGAUCAAGGUCCCGGCAAAGGUACCCGUCACGGACCCCCGCUACGGCGGCGCCAUUGUCUUGAAUCCCGGCGGCCCCGGAAACUCCGGCGUCGGUCAAGUGCUCCGCAAAGGGCGCCACAUGCAGACCAUUGUGGAUGCAGCACGUCCCGCUUCUACUCCGGAUCGUCUUUCGGAUGGCAAAUAUUUCGAUAUCAUUGGGUUUGACGCUCGUGCUGUCAACAAUACUACGCCUCACCUGACGUGCUUCCCAAAUAAGCAGUCCGAGUUGAAUUUUCUCGCACGGCAGCCAAGUGAUUUUCUCUUCGGGAUCUCUAACACUUACAUCGACCUUGCCUGGGCAAACUACCGCGCCUUUGGCGAGAGUUGUGCGAUUCAGCGCGGCGAUGAGCCAAACAUGGCUGAAUUCGCCAACACCGCCCAGGUCGUCGAAGAUAUCGUCGCGAUGAUUGAACGACAUGCUGAGUGGCGAGAGGUUGAAGCUCAGCAAAUCAUCAGCUCAUGUGAGGGCUUUAAGCUUUCGAGGUCAGAUCGUGGGCGAAUCAUAAACACAACCCGCUGGCAGAAGGGGGCAGAGAAACUGAACUACUGGGGUGUGUCGUACGGCACGAUUCUUGGGCAAACCUUCUCAGUGAUGCACCCCGACCGCGUAUCUCGGGUGUUGAUAGACGGGGUUGUAGACCCUGACGAUUACUAUUCCGCGGACUGGUUGAAGAACCUGCAAGAUACUGACCAGAUCCUCCAACAAUGGGCAAGCUACUGCAACCAGGCACCGGAAGCUUGCCCUCUUGCGUCUCCUCACACUCCACCAAGUAUCAUCAACGCGCGACUGGCCCGCCUAGCGAAUUCUUUGCUUGAAGAGCCCAUUCCAGUUCUUGGCACCGCUGAGCAUGGCCCGACUGUCAUCGACUACGCUGAUAUCAUGCAACUCUUUGCCGAUUCUGUGUACGAUCAAAAGCUGGUUGAGCCCUAUUUUGAGCUGUUCAGUGACCUUCUUCUGGAUCGCAACGGAACCUCAACAGCUGCUCUUAAGAUGGAAGGGGACUUGACCCCUUUAUCUCUCAACGCUGACUGCAUCAAGGAUGGGUCGUACUCCGCCGCUUGUGUGAGGGACCAGGGGCCUAGUGGAUUCUUUGCAGCUAUUGCCUGUGGCGAUGGCCCGGACCUAAGAAACACGAGCAAGGCAGAAUUUCGAGAAUAUUUCAAGGAGGUUCGGGGCCAGAGCGAUGUUUUAGGAGCAGCCUGGAGCGGACAUCGCAUGCUCUGUAUAAACUGGCAAGCAAGACCAGCUUGGAGAGUUGAGGGCCCGUGGACGGCAAACACCUCAUACCCACUUCUUAUAAUUGGCAACACGUAUGAUCCCGUAACGCCACUAAGAAAGUAA